GUGUGUGUGUGUGUGUGUGUGUGUGUGUGUGUGUGGUGAAACUAGUCGCUGUUGUUUCUUAUCGGCCAUCACAGCAGCGAGAAGCCGACUAGGGCCACGUUAAGAUACCGCAGACAGGGAUGCGUUUUACCCGCUGAUGAUCCGUCGACCAUUUUCAGUGCAUCCCCGACAGCAGAUCCUGAACGCAGCACCGAGGCACCGACAUCUUGGCCGUUUUGGGCUAAAAACAAAAACAAACAACAAAACUACCGCGAAAAAAAAAAAAAAUCAUCCGUCUUCCCCACAGGAUCGGAUCAUCUUGGCAUCUUUCCGGGCAACAACAUCGGUAGGCUGCAAUGGCAGAGCAUCUGUCCCAGAGCGAGCUGGACUACCCGUUCAAACUUCUGGAGUAUUUCAACGGCUUCAGGGUCUCAAAGCUUUGUACAGCAGCACCGACGUGGCUAAUCUUUACCUGGCCAAAGGCAGCGGCAAGUCUCUCCACGACAUGAUCAUCUACCAAUCCCAGACCAUCUACCCGCUGUGGAACAACAUGGUGGACGCCGUCAGGGAGGGGAAGAAUCAGAAUGAAAAGACCUUCGGCCUUCCACCAGAAGAUAUUUUCCAAGCGAUUUACAGAUCAGAGGAGGAGAAGCUGAAAUUCAUGGGUCUGAUGAACUCCUCGUGGGUUCUAGACGGACACGACAUUGUGACGGCGUUCAACCUCUCCUGCUUUCAGGAGAUAGUAGACCUUGGAGGAUGCACCGGUGCUCUGGCCCGUGAGAUGGCCAAGGCUUACCCGUCCUCCUCCAUCACGGUGUUCGACCUCCCGCAGAUCGUAGAAACGGCUCAGAAACAUUUCUCUCAGGAGAGCAACACUGUGGUGUUUCAGAGCGGAGAUUUCUUCAGCGGUGAAAUCCCUCCCGCUGACCUGUACGUUCUGGCCAGAAUCAUUCACGACUGGCCUGAUGAGAAGUGCCUCACGCUGCUGAGGAAGAUCUAUGACACCUGCAAACCAGGCGGCGGCGUCCUGCUGGUGGAAGCCUUGCUGUUUGAGAACCGACGAGGGCCCGUCAUGGCUCAGAUCUUCUCCCUCAACAUGCUGGUGCAAACCGAGGGCCGGGAGCGCCCGCCAUCCGAGUACACCCGCAUCCUCAACAAGAGCGGCUUCCACAACGUUCAGGUGUGCCGGACCGGCAAGUCCUACGACGCCAUCCUGGCCGUCAGAUGAGCUCAGGGCAGUCCAGAGGCGUCCCUCAAAGUCUGGGGAAAGUAAAGAAAGGUGACCUGGAACUUUCAAGGCCGUGAAAAGGUUUGGAGGUGGACAUAAAACACAUUAAGCUCUGAAAAAAAAAAAAACUGUUGCCAAUCUCAGUGCACAUGGAUCCCCAGUAGGGUUGCACAAUUAAUCGCAAUUUUAUCAAAAUCGGAAAAUGGACUAUUACAAUAUCCAAAUCGUGGGGGUGCGCAAUAUUUGUUAAAGGCAAAAUAAGUGUCAAACCAUUCUGAAUUAAUUUUUGUGGUGCUGCAGAGACGUACCGACCUAGAAAUCGUAUUCUACAGACUACAGAAGACAUUUGACACUAUAACGAUUUUAAUAUUAAGAAUUUGAAUAUUUUUCAAUGAAAAUGAAAAUAAUGAUACAAAAAUGAUAAUGUCCUCCAAUAUCGUGAAUUAUAUUGCAAUUGCAAUAUCAGUCAAAAUAAUCGCAAUUAGAUAUUUUCCUCAUAUGGUGCAGCCCUACUCCCCAGUUGAUGUUGGGUGAUGUUUUCAGACGCCAACUUUUUUUUUUUUUUUUUCAAAGAUCGUAGCAAUACAAACAUUCUCCAGAUUGAAGUUGCUGCUGGAAAAUGUUUGUGAUAAAUACUGCUUCAGGUUAAAGGAAUAGUUUGACAUUUUGGGAAAUACCCUUAUUAGCUUUUUUUUUUCUUUUGCCAAAAGAGCGAUACCACUCUCAUGUCUGUAGGCUAAAUAUGAAGCCACAGCCAGCAGUCAGUCAGUUAGCUUAGCUUAGCAUAAAGACUGGAAACAGGUGGAAACCGCUAGCCUGGCUCUGUCCAAAAUCAGCCAACCAGCACAUCUAAAGAUCACUGAAUAACAUGUCAUAUUAUUACAAAGGAACCGAUACAGUAUCUUUUAUUUGAUCAUUAUUAUACAGUAUAAUGGCACUGAUGCUGAUGUUUUUUUUUAAAGAAUUGUGGAACGUUUACAGGCUGUGCUUUUUACGCUGGCCCCAUUUUAACAGUGUUUUAAAGCCAAACAUGUUGUUUUUACUUUGUUUCUUUUUUAUUGACAUGCUCAAAAAUACCAAAAUCUGGUCAGUAUUUGCAGUCAUAUCUCUUUGAAUAUCAGCCGUUCACAACCUAGAACCUCACACGUACCAGAAUCAAACAGAAAAUAGUGACGGGUUUGAUAUCAGAUGAUAGUUUUAUCAUUGGUGACGAUAUUUCUUUAAAAUCAUGGAGGGUGUAUUCCAAAAAAUUAUAAACAAAUUAUUGACAGAUUUGGGAUAGCUUUGUUUUUAAUGAAUAUUCAGCCAAGAUAUUGGGGGGGCUAGGCGUCCCUGCCUACAAAUCGUAUUCUACAGACCAAAGAAAAACUCUUUGUUCGGGACAGAUCCUCACAAAAAUCAUACUAUAACUGAUUACUAAUAUCAUCAGUAGGAGAGCAGCGUGAAGAUUAAAAAAAUGAUUAGUUCCAAACAGACGUUUUGGGCAACAGCGUUGUUGUCAGUUUUGCCCACUGUUGAAGGAAGUCUUCGCAAAAUGUCUGUGUAUAUAAUUUUUUUUUUUACUUAUUUUUGUCAAAAACACCAAAAACAAAAAAAAGUCAAAAACACCAAAAGUAACAACAUCAACCCUGUUGCCAUGAACCAUGUACAUAUCUCUACAUACUUUGUGUAUAUUGUCCAUGAACGGUAAAAAACAUCCAUAAAAAGAAAAAGAGGGAAGGCAAACCAACUGCCAUGUUCAUUAUUCCAAAGAAUAUGUUGACCAUUUGGUCCAUCUUGCAAAGCAUAAAUCAUAAAUCUCCUGGAUCGCUUUGGUGAUUUCAACUCAAGUGUCUGCUGUAGUGUAGGUAGAUAGAACUUCUAACGCAGUAAACAAAUAUGCUGCUUUAGAAAAUACAGAUUUUUGUGUAUGUUGUGAUAUUGUGUUAUUGUGGGACUGUGUGUUCCUGUUUACUGUGACGAGUUCAGGUUCCCUCUCAGACUGCAUGUACACCAGACUCUGCAGAAUAAACCUCAGUUUACCUCCAUUAUUCCUCCACUGGUGUUAAAAAGUUCUCUUUAUUUUUUUAUUUUUGGACUGUUGUGUGACCGUCUAGCUGAAGGGAAAUCACUUCUUGUUGUUUUUAUGAACUGUUUUUAUUGGUAUUUGUUGCAUUUCAACCUCUCGUGUUUACAACAGAAAGUAAUUUACAUCAUCUCAGCUCUAAAUAAGUACCGAAAAUGUCACAUAUUGAAUACUGUACAUACUACAAAACAGUGUAAGAGGUGCAGGAAACAUUUUCCUUUUGUUGUGAUCUGCCUGUGUGUCAUAGAUGAGGAGCCAAUGCCAAAUGUCAUGCUGUUUGAUAGAAACAUUUAGAAUCAGCACACGGUUCUGUAAGCUCGUUUCCUGUCCUCUAAUCAUUCCACGUGUGGGCAGCAUGCAUCCUGCAGAUUAAAUCCGAGACCUACACUACAUCUGGUUAGUUCUUUCUAAAUAGUUCAUUCAACAAAACAAAAAAUAUAUUUAAAAGCAACAUGCAUGUGUAAAAAGCCACUAGGUGAUGUUGACAAUGCAGCUGUCUCUCUAUUGUUGCAGGUUUUUUUUAUGUCAUGUAACUGCUGAAAUUAAACAUUGGUUUGUCAAAGGACAACUCACAAACAAUGACAUAUUCCAUCUUUUUUAUGUAUUUCAAUGCUAAUAAUAAAAAAAGUAAAUACACCCGGGAAGUGUGCAUAAGACAUCAGUUUUUCCAAAUAUAUUUCCAUUAUAGUAUAUGUUAAGGGGAUUUUUAGGGGAUGACUUGCUUAUGAGUAUCGCUGUCUGUAUGUAAUGUACUGUAUGUCCGCAAACCUGUCAAUAGAUUAUUUGAUACAGAUGAAUUGUCUUAACUUGUAGCUUUGUAAGAAAAUGGGAUAUUAAAGGGUUAAUAUAA